AGUCGAGAAAUGUUGCAAACAAGUGGCAAACUCCAACUCAAACUUUGCACUUGGUGGGUUUAGAGACAAAAAACUUUUUAUUUUUAUUGUUGUAGUAUCUUCUUCAACUUCUAGUAGUAUCUUCUCACUAACUUACUAACUUAGAGAGAGAAAGAGAGAAGCAAAAAACAAUAGACAAGAUGAUGAGUAGAAGUGAGAAGGGGCAACCAAAGGCAGUGGUGGUGGGAGGAAGCAUAGCUGGAAUAUCGUGUGCUCACGCGCUAUUAUCCGCGGGUUGGCAAGUUGUUGUGGUUGAGAAAUCAGUUGGGCCCACUUCUGGAAGCCCAACUGGUGCUGGGCUGGGCCUGGACCCUUUGGUUUGUAACAUCAUCAACUCUUGGCUCGGUCAUUCUGCUCUUCUUAACAAGGCUACCUUGCCUCUUACCUUUGACCAGAACCAAGUAACAAACAUAGACAAGAAAAUUACUCGGACAUUAACAAGAGACGAAGAAUUCAACUUCAGAGCAGCUCAUUGGGCUGAUCUUCAUGGCCUUUUACUAGGAUCAUUGCCUUCAGAAAUAUUCUUAUGGGGUCAUCAGUUUCUGUCAUUCUGCAUUUCUGAUGACAAGAAUACAGUCACUGUGAAGGCAAAAAUACUUAAAACAGGCGACAUCACAGAAAUCGCCGGUGAUCUUCUUGUUGCUGCAGAUGGAUGUCUCUCUUCAAUUCGACAAACAUUUCUUCCCAACCAUAAACUGAGGUAUGCAGGAUACUGUGCAUGGAGAGGGGUGCUUGAUUUUUCAGGGAAUCAUGAUUCUGAGACUAUAAGAGGGAUCCGAAGGGUGUAUCCAGAUCUCGGAAAAUGCUUAUACUUUGAUCUUGGACCGCAAACUCAUUGUGUUUUUUACGAGCUUCUGAACAAAAGGAUGAAUUGGAUUUGGUACAUUAAUCAGCCAGAGCCAGAUAUUAAGGCAAGUUCAGUUACUUUGAAAGUGAGCAAAGAAACAAUCAAGCAGAUGCAAGAAGAUGCAGAGAAGAUAUGGGUUCCGGAGUUGGUAGCACUGAUGAAAGCUACAGAAGAACCUUUUGUCAAUGUGAUUUACGACUCUGACCCUCUAGACCGGAUCUUCUGGGACAACGUCGUACUGGUUGGAGAUGCAGCUCAUCCCUCGACUCCUCAUUGCUUGAGAAGCACAAAUAUGUCUCUUCUUGAUGCAGCUGUCUUAGGCAAAUGUCUCAAGAAGUGGGGUUCAGAAAAUCUACAGUCUGCUCUAACAGAUUACCAGUCUGCUCGAUUGCCUGUUGUUAUUAAACAGGUUCUCCAUUCUCGGCGUGUUGGCAGGAUCAAACAAGGUCUUAGUCUCCCUGAUCGCCAACCUUUUGAUCCGAAGAAUGCUACUCCUGAAGAUUGCUCUGAAAUCCAACAAAAGAAUGUACCGUUAUUUAGCAUUCCUAAUGUUAACUGCUAAAUUAGCAACUGAAAUUUGGUGAAAAAUAUCCACUGCAUCAUAGUAGUGCAAACAGAGCCUUGUUUAAACAAUAAAUUUAGUAUGUCUUUUAAACCAUGAAUUAAGGUUCUGAUUUUUCUUCAUUGGAAAUUGGACGCUUGGUUUAGCCAGCAUGAUAAUAUGAUAUACAUAUACUGUAUGUUUUUCUUUUAUGAACUAUAAGGCCCUGUUUGGUUCACCUUAUUUAUGUU